ACGCGUAUACGAUAUCACUCGAGAAGCGACAGCUUAAGUCAGCUGACUGCAGAAGAUCAAAGUAAAAGGACGUUUAGUUUCGAAUCUGUGGGAAGUUGAAGUGUAUCAAGUUUACAGUUUUACAAGUUUUACAGCAGAGGGAUUGGAAAAAUGAAGACAUUUUUGGCAGUUUUGCUGCUUGCUGUUGCGGCACACGCUCAGCUUGUCAGGGUUCCUCUGUACAAGAUGGAAACUGUACGUCGUCAGAUGGCCAAUACAGGUCUGCCUUUCAAGGACUUGUCUCAGCUCUCCAACAAGUACAACAUGAUGAACAACAACAGGCUGGGCGCCCCUUGGCCCAUCAACAUGAGUGAUUAUCUCGAUGCCCAGUACUAUGGACCCAUCUCGCUGGGCACACCUCCCCAGGAGUUCACCGUAGUCUUUGACACAGGCAGCGCUGAUCUUUGGGUUCCAUCCUCGCAGUGCGGUUUCCUUGACAUUGCCUGCAAAUUUCAUCGCAAAUAUGACAGCUCCAAGUCCUCCACCUACAAAAAGAACGGAACUAAGUGGGCCAUUCAGUAUGGAUCAGGCUCCUGCUCUGGGUUUGUCAGCAAUGAUGUAAUAGAGCUGGGAGCUCUGAAGGCAAAGAACCAGAGUUUUGGCGAGGCAACCGCUGAACCCGGUUUGACCUUUGUAGCAGCCAAGUUUGAUGGUAUCCUUGGACUGGGUUACCCGACUAUCACCAGGAUCAGUAAGGUGCCUGUCUUCGACAACAUUGUCCAACAGGGACUUGUGACGGAUGCUGUCUUCUCAGUCUACCUUGCAAAGGAUGCAACAGCUGCAGUUGGAGGUGAGAUAGUCUUCGGCGGUGCAGACCCUAAGCGCUACACAGGAGAUUUCAACUACGUACCGGUCACUCGACAAGGCUACUGGCAGAUCAAGAUGGACAGCCUGUCGGUGGGCAACAAUGGAACCUAUUGCACCAACUGUGCUGCCAUCGCUGACACCGGUACCUCCCUCAUUGCCGGACCCUCUGCCGAGAUUGCUAAACUCCAGCUACAGAUUGGUGCUGCCCCCUUCGCAUCUGGAGAGUAUAUGAUUGACUGUAACCUGAUACCUACCCUUCCUGACGUAUCCAUUGUGCUCGCUGGCAAGACCUAUACCCUGCAAGGCAAAGACUACGUCCUCAAGGUUCAGCAAGGUACAGUGACCCUCUGCAUAUCUGGAUUCAUCGGUCUGGAUGUCCCACCCCCAGCUGGCCCCCUCUGGAUCCUGGGUGACCCCUUCCUCCGCACCUACUACUCCAAGUUCGACCGCACCAACAACCAACUGGGUUUCGCCACGGCCGUUUAGACCAACGCCAAGCUCUUUCUCUCCUUUAGCACCUGCCUUUCACUCUCUAUACUGUAAGACCAGAACUGUUUUUGGAUCCAAGAAACUUUCACAAAUUUUCUUUUUCGUAGCCUAGAUUCACAAAGUUUCAUGCUUUGAAAAAAUUGGUGCCAUAUCAACAUUAUAUUUGUUCAGUUCCUCAGUAUUUCUUCUCAUGAGAACCACUGUCAUUUGACCAUUAGAAAAAGAUGCAAGUCUAACCCUAACCCUAAACAAUUUCUGAUCAUGCAAUAGUCAUUUUGUCUUUCCACAGGAUAUCUCAACAAGUUGAGUUUUAAAUGUAAUCAAAUAAAGCUGAUCCAAAGUGUAGAAUCUAUCUUUUUCUGCACAAAUGAAAGUUCAUACCAACUUUUUAUUUUAGUUUAUGUAUAUGUGAGCAAAGAUGGAGAGCCAAUUUGUGAAAACAAAUAGUUGGAAAAUAAUCAGAGCGUAUUUUGUAUCAAGCUUAAGGUCUUUAAAUUAUUUGUUCGUGUCCUGUACCGCCUUUAUCUUGUGGAAGGUUGAUAUGAUUUAUUUUUUAAAAGACAAAAAGAGCUCAAUACGAAAGAAACAGUUUUUUUUCACACUAUACUUCUUUAUGUGAGAGCUUGUUUGUAGUAGAACUACCUGUUUAACAAUGCCUUCUGUUAUGUAAAGUUUGUCACCUCAUCUGAACCAUUCUAUGGAAUAUUCCAUUUGUUAUUAUCAAUGUGUUGCCGUUUCCCAUUGCAAAUGUGUGUCAUUGUGUCAUAUUUCUAUUUUCUAAUUUACAGAUCAGAUUUUUUAUACAAAAGAAAAAGACAUUUGGUGCAUACUAGUACUUAUCCACAAGUAUGUCAUUCUAAAAGAACUGUAUAUGAAUGGUAUAAUUACAACACAAGAUAAGUUGAAAAGGUCAAGUUACCACUGUCAUGUUGUCAACUUAUUGUUUAAAUUUGAAAAGUUUGUAGGUUGUAUGGUAUUUGGUAAGAAUCCCAUAAAUUGACACGACUCAUUUUGUACGAAUGGCGAGGAUCAGCACUUCAGUGCACCAAUGCCCCCUGAUAUCAAUAUGAAGAACUGAUUUUUGUCUUUCUUUCUGAAAGGUUUCACAUUAUCAAUUAUCUGUAAAGAUAUACUGUAACUGAACUAUUUCAUUACAAUUGGAGCCUUUUCCACAAUAUUUUUCACUGAAUGGGCACUGUGGUUGGUAGAUAAAUCCUAUUAACUUUUCGUCAUUCCUUGUUAUGUGUAGAUAUCUUGUUUCGUGGGUUAAGAUGGGAAUUCAAUGUUUGUUUUUUUAUGUCACCAGUCAUGAGAAAUAAUGUGUUGAAAACACAAUACUUCAUGUAGAUCACUGCACUAUCAGUCUUAAAAGUGUAAUCUUGAUCAAGUAAAUAUGAGAUGAAACACCUGUAUUCAUUUUGAUAGUUCUUUUGGCUAUUUUUACCUGUAUGAAUUCAUAUAAUAAAUUAUGGUCUUUGUUUCCUUGUCUGUAAUUGUUAAGACAAUACAAAAUUUACUUAAUAUGUUGGAAGUCAUAAAUGAGGUAAAAUAAUUUUUAGAGUAUUUCCUCAAACAAUAUACACAUAUUGUCAUAUAUUCAGUGGAAAGAUUAUAAGAUUUUACAGAUUUGAUAAUCAGGAGCAAUUUUACUAAUAUCUUUGAAUAGUUUUGUUUAAGUAGAAUUUUUCAUGAGAACAAAAAAUAAUACAUAGAUUUUGUUUUUUGGUUACUUGAGAUAUACACUGACUAAUAUGCAAUAAUUGUGAUGUUCAGGAUAUUUUUAUGUAAAUGUAGUCUGUUUGUGUAUUGUGUUGUCAAGAAAUGAAAAAGAAUUAAAAGUUUAUGUAAUAGUAAAGAG